AUGGCGGCGCGCCCGCGGGCGCGGCCGGUGCUGCUGCUGCUGCUGGGCGCCGCGGCGGUGUGCGGCGCCGCGGCCUGCGCUGGCGGCGCCCAGCCGCUGCUGUGGCGGGCGACGCCGGAGGGGGGCAACGGCCGGUGGGCCGCGUACGUGGUGGGCGUCCACGCGCCGGGGCCGCUGGAGGCGGGCCCCGCGGCGCUGCCCGCGGCCGUGCGGCGCGCCCUCGCGUGCGCCGACGUGGCCUACUUCCGCCUUGCCUGCAGCCGCCGGCCAGGCGGCGGCCUGGGCGGUUUCCUGGACCACUGCACGGCCUACGGCCCCGCCGAGCCCGCGGACUCCCUCGCCGCGCGUCUGGGCGCGGAGGAUCUGGCCGCGCUGCAGCGGUCCGCCGGGCAGCUCCUCGGGCGCGCGCCAGCCCGGUGCCGCGGCGGCCGCGCCUGGUCCCUGGCCAACCAUACGCUCGGCGCCCUCGGCGGCGGCACGGACCGCACCACGCUGCGGGCCUUCCACCGGCAGGUGGCCGCCGCGGUGGACCCCGGCAGCUGCGCCCAGGAGGCCGGGCAGAGCCGCGAGGACCUCGCGAGGGACCUGUUCGGAGGCUCGAGGCCCUCCUUCGGGCUCGUGGACGUGGAGGAGGAGUGCCUGCUGACGCGCGCGGGCAGCGUGCGGGAGGAGGCGCAGCUGGCGAGGCGCCUGGCGGCGGCCUUCGGCAACGCCUCCUGGCUCCGCGCGGGCGCGGAGGCGCGGCGGGCCGCGGCCGCGGCGGCGGGGUGCGGCGACCUGGGCGCCCUGGAGCUGCUGCUGGAGCGCGGGGGCGGCGAGGGGCGCGCCGCGGCGCAGCUGGAGUUGCCGUGGGGCGCCCCUUCGGAGUUGAACCCCUCGUUGGCGGACGGCAUUGUGCGCGCGCGGUCGCGGGACCCCGACAGGGUGGCUGUCGUGGUCCUGGACGUCAUGCACCUGGUGGACGUCGGCAGCGCGGGCAUCAAGGGCGUCCCGUCCCUGCUCCGGGAGCGCGGCCUGGUGGUGGAAAGGCUCCAGGCCGACUCGUUGGCGGCGUGCGGUUCGUCGGGCUACCAGGCGCCAGGCGCCAGGGAGCAGGACAACUGCCUGAUGCCCCCUCGGCUGUCGCAGCCAGCGUCCUGCACCAAGUUCGGCGAGGUCUUCGACCGCAUGAUCGUCGGCGACCCGAUGCAGGGCCGCGUGAAGCGGGAGGCGGGCUGCAACAAGUGCAAGACGUCCGAGCAGAGCUGCACCUGCCAGUUCGAUUGGGAGAACGACGCCGCCUUCACGGAGCUCUGCGAGAACACAUUCGUGGACGGCACCUACGGCCAGGUGUUGCUGCUGGACCUGACCCGCAAUCCCGGCUCCACCCGCAGGGGCCAGUUCGAGGCCGAGAAGACGGUGCGUGGACUCCACCAGGGCUGCUACGCGCGGAGUUGCCAGGCCGAGCUGACGCGGCUGAUGAUCCAGCGGAAGUGGCACGCCAACGACAGCACCCUGGCCAGCGCCAGGGCCGAGCUGAGGUGCCCCGACGGCGGGGGCGGCUGCCUCGCCGAGCCGCGGCCAGGCCCGGCCAGCGUGCGCGUGCUGCGGGACGCGCCCCCCGCCCGCGCGGCCCGGGGGCUCCCCGGAGCGCGCCUCCUCGCGGCGCUGGGGACCCUCGCCGCCCUGGCUGCGCUCGCGGGCGGGCUCGCGAAGCACCCGCGCUGCGCCCGCGGCCUGCUCGCGCCCUCGCGCCUCGCCGGCCGCCGCCGCGCCGUCGCAGCGCCG